GUGAAAAUUGGAAAACUACAAGUUACCCCUAUUUCCACUACUGUUGUUGGAUGUUGAGUAUUGGACAACUUGUGAGAAUUCAACGUUGCUCGUAACUUUCCGACUAAGUGUCCACAAGACAUCGGGAAUAAAUGUAACUUUCAGACUUCUGAAAAGUAUCAAGUGCUUCUUACUUGAUCACUAAUAGAGAUGCUUCUUAUUGGUAUCUACGGGGAAAUUUAUUCUAACCACUAAAAUAGUCAAACAGAGUUUAUGACGUCAAAUUGCCUAAUCGUAUUUCAAAUGUAUACAUAUUUCUGCUUUUGCUGAAGUACACCUUGAGUGGUCACAUAUAAAGCAAAUAAAAAUGACACACGACUGCAUUCUCCCAUAACUUUACAGUUUGAGAUGCCAUCAAAGUCGUUCCGUCCUGUGAAACAAACUCCCUAUUCUCAUAAUGAUGUCAUUCUACUAAAAGACCCUAUUAUUACGUUGAUUAAUAAUACCGUCGGAGUGGCUGCUUUGGCUAUGCCAUUUUGCUUCCAUCAGUGUGGUAUUCUAUUAUCUUUUUUGUUUCUUGGGAUCACAGCUAUUUUUUCGGUAAUGUCAUGUGAUGCUCUCAUCUACAUCUGUUCCGCCCACCGAGUUCUUCCAUUCGAAUACGCUUGCUUCAAAGCAUUGGGUUAUUCAGGGAAAUGCUUGGCCGAGUUGAGUAUCAUCGGUCUACUAUUUGGUUACGUUGUAGGGUAUUAUGUCACCAUUGCAGAUCUCAGUACUGGUGUUGCCUCACUAAUCGCCGAGUCCGUGCCACCUGAAAGACUACGAGUUUUUCUACUAGUGAUUUUCACACUGACUUUAAUACCACUGUGUUUGGUGUCAAAAGUACAAAAUCUUCUCAGAUUGAAUGUUUUUACCAGCCUAUUUUAUGGAGUGGUAACUUUCCAUAUGAUCUUUGUACUUGGCUUGCCUCGAUUAAUUUCGAAUAUGCCUUGGGGACAAAUGAAUUGGUGGCAGCCAGAUGGUUUAAUUGAAUGUAUUCCUAUAUUCUUGGCUUCAAUGUUUUGUCAGACACAACUUCAUGUCACGUCUACAAAUUCUUAUCAACCAACUCCGUCUAGCAUGAGACUAGUAGUUCGUGUAGCACUAGCUACAGUUGCUGUUGCUUAUGGAUUUUUUGGAUUCUUCGGGUAUGCUGCAUUCUUCAGUUCUAAUAACUCCAAAAGGAUAACAUUUUCUGGCAAUGUAUUUCUGAUGUAUCCUGAUGAUUUUCGCAGUUUUUGUAUACGUGUUGGCUUCCUUCUGACAAAUAUUGUCUCCAUACCUCUGAUUAUAUUCCCAUUACGACAAUCUGUAUAUAAUUUAUUCUAUCGUAAGAAUUUCACUUUAACUUCUGUUGAUGUGGAAAUGGAUUCAUCUCUUCUCGUUUCUGACGAAAUUCCGCGUAGAUAUUUUCAAAAGAUAACUAUUGCAAUACUUUUGAUAUCAUUCCUCCUCAGUUUAACAACAGAUAAAAUCGAAGUCAUCAUUCGAUUGACAACUAGUGUUGCCGGCUCCUUGACCGGUUUCAUACUUCCAGCAUUAGUACUACUUGUGGCAACGGCAGCAGCGAGUAAAGUCGGUGGUGGUGGAAAUAGUAGUAGUAGCGACAGCAGUACUACAACUCCAGAACCACUGACAUCCUCAGCAAGAGUAAAAUUGUUUAGCAUAUCUUCGUCAUGGUUAACGACAAGACUGCGCCAAUUUAGUCGAUUCGGUCGUAACUAUUCAGCAGCUUAUUGUUUACUAUUCGUUGGAUGUCUCUUAUUCUCCUUGGAAUUUUUCACUGUACAUCAUACAACAAAUCCAGUGGGUUUUUUGGAAGUCGAUAGUGUAGCUAUAUAUUCAAAUGUCUUGAAGUCUACUGGUAUCAAUAAUGCUACAAUGAAGAGUCCACCACAACCGAUAGACAUAAAAAAUCUUCAAUCAUAUUCAUCAAAGAAAUCUGUGGAUAACUUGGUGUCAACUAGUACUACUACUACUACUACUACUACUACUACUACUACUACUACUAAUAAUAAUAAUAAUAAUAAUAAUAAUAAUAAUAAUAAUAAUGCUAUUCCGCCUCCACUUGCUCAAUAUGACGUUCCUCGCAAAACAGAUAAAAAUGUUGAAAACCUAACAAAACAAUUAUUAAACCAAAUUACCAGUGAGACCAAUGAUAGUAUCAGUGGCAGUGAUAACCUAUCCCCUGGAGAAAAGGGUAACUUGAAGCAUGCACGGAUUUCAUUGAAUCGGAGACGUAAAACAACACUUGAACAAAUUGCCAGCAAUGAUAAUGUAAAUUAUCACAAUGGAAAGAAGUUGAUAAGUGUAAAUAAAACUGUUUGAUUGUUUAUUUUUGUUAUACAAUAAGUUGUGUUUAACAGCUGUUCACUUGUGAUAGGAUCAUAAUAAUCUGAUUUUAUUUAUCAUCCUUGUGUUAGUAGUUUUGUGUGCAUGUGUAUGUGUAUGUUUGCUUUUCUUCUCUAACAGUUUUCUAUCUCUUUGUCUCAAUUGUUCUGUGAUAUAUUUAAACUUGAUGAAAAAUACGCCGUCUCUUUCCCUCUUUGUUUGUGGUUUAAACCCCCAUUGAAGGCUCACCUCUAUAUUUGUGUGUGUAUAUGUGAGAGAAAAUUCGAUUGUAAAAAAGAAUUAGUGAGCACAUAUACACUGGAUCUUAUUUUGGUACUGACUUGACUACAAAAAUAUUGAGUUGUUAAAUAUUGAUUUAAUAUCACAGUUUCCUCUCAAAGGCUUACUUCAACAUCUGGGGAUUUUUUUCAUUGUUCUCAACCUCCUGUUUUUAAAGAAAGUACAAAUUAGUGAUGCAAAAAAGCUGUCUUCCAAGUCGUUAUUCACGUG